AUGUUGUCCAGAAACGGAGCUAAACUGUUGGAGAAAGUGGUGCCACUUUUGGAGAAUGGAGCCAUUCCAACCAGAGCAGCUAGUACUCUUGGUACUGCCCCGGAAGUCAGGGAGAAGUUGGGCAGAAUUGACCACGAGCCUCAUCCAACUUCAUCCGAAGAGAUCGUCAAGUCCGAACGCAACGAACUUCCACUUGGCAAUGCUGGAAUGAAGCUUAUUGACAAGGAUAAGUUGGAUCGAAUCCCAAAGCAGCCGAAUCCGGAACCGACGCAUUCCGAAGAGGUUGUGAGGGAAGAGCCUGGUGGCGAUGUUCCUCCACCUCCUCGUGUUCCACCCACCCAUACCCAUCAUCCUGCUCAUCAGCCAAGAAAGUAA